AUGCUUCGAUCAACCAACACGCUAUUGAAAUAUGGGUCCUUUUCGACGAGAUCUCCCGCUUUUUCCUCCCUGCGCAAUAACGUGAAUCGUGGGUACUUACUUGGGAAGAAUCGGAGACUAGCUUCUACCGUCACACAGCUAGAUAGCUAUCCUGCAGUGGACGAAAAACUACACGGGUUCGCCGUCCAGGAGAAGAAGCAUGUUCCGGAGCUGCAUUUGACUGCGGUUCUAUUGAAACACGAUAAAACAGAGGCAGAGUAUCUCCAUGUGGCCAGAGAUGACAAAAAUAAUGUUUUUGGCAUUGGGUUCAAAACCAAUCCUCCCGACGCAACUGGCGUGCCUCAUAUCCUUGAGCAUACAACUCUAUGCGGCAGUGAGAAAUACCCUGUUCGCGACCCAUUUUUCAAAAUGCUGCCCCGCUCUUUAUCCAAUUUCAUGAAUGCUUUCACUUCCUCUGACCAUACGACCUAUCCCUUUGCCACAACCAAUAAGCAAGACUUCCAGAACCUCCUAUCUGUCUACCUUGAUGCUACAUUACACCCCUUGUUGAAAGAGGAAGAUUUCCGACAAGAAGGAUGGCGCCUAGGACCUGAAGAUCCGCGCGCAUCCAUGGCUCCGAAAGAUGGAAAUGAGAGCUCAACCUCCGGAGACGAUAUUGUUUUCAAGGGAGUGGUCUAUAAUGAGAUGAAAGGGCAGAUGUCGGAUGCCAAUUACUUAUACUAUAUUAAGUUUAAGGAACAUAUAUUUCCCGCCAUAAAUAACUCAGGCGGUGAUCCGCAGUAUAUAACAGACCUAACCCACCGGCAAUUAGUCGAAUUUUCGAAAAAGAAUUACCACCCAAGCAAUGCGAAAAUUUUCACGUACGGCGAUAUGCCUCUAGCUGAUCAUUUAAAACAAGUUGGGCGUGUCUUGGAUGGUUUUGAAAGGUCAACUCCUGAUAGGGAGGUCAAACGUCCACUUUCUUUGCAGGACGGGCCCCUUAGCGUCACGAUUCCUGGUCCCAUCGACCCAUUUACCAGUGAGGACAAGCAAUUCAAAACUUCAGUAUCUUGGCCUGCAGGUGAUUCCACUAACAUCGUGGAGACUUUCUCAAUGGGGAUUCUUUCAUCCCUGCUUCUUGACGGAUAUGGGUCACCUAUGUACAAGACUCUGGUCGAAAGUGAAAUUGGCUCCUCGUUUACACCCAACACCGGCCUGGACACCUCUGGGAGAAUUCCUAUCUUUUCAGUUGGUGUGAACGGAGUUGCUGAAAAGGACGUUGCCCUCGUGAAAGGAAAGGUGCAAACGGUUUUUCAGGAGUUCUCGGCUACGGGAUUCAACGAUGAAAAAGUAAAGGGCAUACUGCAUCAAUUGGAACUGGCAUUGAGACACAAGACUGCCAACUUCGGGAUUGGAAUUAUGGAAAAGACGCUAUCAUCUUGGUUUAAUGGCUCCAAUCCGAUGAAAGAGUUGGCUUGGAACGAAGUGAUCAACGAAUUCAAGGAACGCUAUGAGAAAGGUGGCUACCUGGAACAACUUAUGCAAAAAUACUUUAUGACCGAUAAGUCCAUGACAUUUACGAUGGCUGGAUCACCGACUUAUAACAAACAACUGGACGAAAUGGAGGUAGCGCGAAGAGAGGCAAAAAUGGCAGAGUUGACUGAAGCUACAGGUUCUCUUGAAAAAGCAGUUGACAAACUCAAGAGAGAGGAAUUUGAGUUACUGAAAGUACAGGAGGCGGCCCAACAUGCAGAUUUGAGCUGCCUGCCAACCCUCCACGUGAAAGAUAUCUCGAGAACGAAGGAAUGGAAAAACGUGAGGGAAUCCAAAAUAGAUGAAGUCGACGUGGUUUGGAGAGAAGCUCCAACAAAUGGCCUCUCCUACUUCCAGGCAAUGAACUCAUUUGAAAAUCUGCCCGACGAGCUACGACUACUUCUACCUCUCUUUAAUGACUGCAUAAUGCGACUCGGCACCGCCGGACGAACAAUGGAACAGUGGGAAGAUUUAAUAAAGCUCAAGACUGGUGGUAUUUCAUCGUCUACUUUCAUUGUAUCUUCCCCAACAUCCCUGGACAGAUACUCUGAAGGCCUUCAAUUUUCUGGUUAUUCCCUCGAUAAGAACUUCUCGACCAUGCUUGACAUGACGUCCAGUUUGGUAACCGAAACUGAUUUUAACAAUCCUGUGGCUCCGCGUAUGAUACAAGAAUUACUGCGAUCAUCCACCAACGGUGCGAUUGAUUCAAUUGCAGGCUCAGGUCAUCGAUAUGCUAUAAAUGUUGCGACUUCCGGUCUCUCUAAAAAGUUCUGGGCAAGUGAACAAUUAUCAGGUCUAGCACAAGUCCAGGCUACCGCUAGGCUUCUCCAUGAUGCGGAAACGUCGCCUGAACGGUUGCAGGAGCUCAUUCGAAAACUUCAGAUGAUACAAUCCUUUGCGAUUUCGAAAUCCAUCAAAUUCCGGGUGCGAGUGGUCUGCGAACCGGAAAGCGCCAGUGCCAACGAAGCAACUCUUCAAAGUUGGCUUGCCUGUCUGCCCCGUAAUCCUAACCCCACCUCAGCAACCGAAGGAUUUACCUCUGGCCAAUCUGCCUCCAAAAUCCUCUAUAAUCUCCCGUACAAAGUAUCUUAUUCUGGGCUUGCCCUCCCAACAACAACUUUCACCGAUCCUUCUAGCGCAUCGCUCAGCGUACUCUCCCAACUCUUGACCCAUAACUACCUCCACCAAGAAAUCCGGGAGAAAGGAGGUGCAUAUGGAGCGAGCGCCAGCAGCGCCCCCAUCCAAGGCUACUUCGCCUUUUCAAGCUACCGCGACCCCAACCCCAUGAAUUCCCUAAAAGUAUUCAAUAACUCCGGAACCUUUGCGCGAGACCGAUCCUGGACGACGCGGGAGAUAGAUGAAGCGAAACUCGGCAUUUUCCAGGGUCUUGACGCUCCGAUGAGCAUUGAUGAAGAAGGUCAGCGAUACUUCAUGACAGGUGUAACCCAGGAGAUGGACCAGCGCUGGCGCGAGCAGGUUCUUGAUGUGACCGCCGAGGACGUGAAUAAUGCCGCUCAAAAGUUUCUCGUUGAUGGAUCGCGACAGGUAUUCUGUCUCCUGGGAGAGAGGAAAGACGGGUCCGAUUUUGAUGGCUGGGAUGUGAGAAAGCUUUCCAUGGGCCCUGAAGAGGGUAAUGCCGCCAGUUCUGAAGAACAAGGUGUGGCUACCGGUGCAGCCUAA